UCGCACACGCUGAGCUCGCGGUUGGCCGUCGGCCGGCGAGUAUCUUCUGGCAGGAGAGGGUUUUCCAUCUACCGAGUGGAAUCUGCUGUCCCUUUUCUCAUUUUAAUAAAGCAAAUUCCUUUUGAACUAAAAGAGCAAACAAAUCCCAACAUGAGUGGAACAGGCACAAUGCCAUCAGUCCCUGCCAAAACUGAAAUGGAUACAGUGACUUGCACUCAUAUUUCGGUUGACUGCAUACCCAAUGGAACCUUGGAGAAGGAAUCUUGUAAUUCAACAGAAAACGAGAGGAAAUGGAUCCGGCCUGAUACCAUCAGCAAGUGUACCUGGGAGCUUGGAAAAUCUCCUUCUGAAUCGCCCCAUCACCAUGCUACAUUAACAAAGACGCCAAAAAUUAUGUCAGAUAUUCUCAAAAAAAUUGGAGAUACUCCCAUGGUGCAUAUCAACAAGAUUGGAAAGCUCUGUGGCCUCAAAUGUGAACUCUUGGCCAAAUGCGAGUUUUUCAAUGCUGGAGGAAGUGUGAAAGACCGAAUCAGUUUACGAAUGGUGGAAGAUGCUGAAAGAGAUGGGAUUUUGAAGCCAGGAGAUACCAUUAUUGAACCAACUUCAGGAAAUACAGGAAUUGGACUGGCCUUGGCAGCUGCAGUGAAAGGAUACCGUUGUAUCAUUGUAAUGCCAGAGAAAAUGAGCAUGGAAAAGGUGGAUGUGCUACGUGCCCUUGGGGCUGAAAUUGUGAGGACUCCAACAACUGCCAGAUUUGAUUCUCCAGAAUCACAUGUUGGAGUGGCAUGGAGAUUGAAAAAUGAAAUCCCCAACUCCCAUAUUCUGGAUCAGUACCGCAAUGCCAGCAACCCCUUGUCUCAUUAUGACACAACAGCAGAGGAGAUUCUUCAGCAGUGUGAAGGUCAAGUAGACAUGAUUGUGGCUGGAGCUGGCACAGGAGGCACCAUCACUGGUAUUGCCCGAAAAAUCAAGGAGAAAUGCCCUGGAUGCACAAUUGUAGGUGUUGACCCUGAAGGAUCUAUCCUAGCGGAGCCUGAAAAAUUAAACAUAACUGACAAGACAGUUUAUGAAGUGGAAGGCAUUGGAUACGAUUUCAUACCCACAGUUCUGGAUAGAUCGGUGGUAGACAAAUGGUAUAAGUGUAACGAUGAGGAAUCUUUUGCCUUCUCGCGCAUGCUAAUCAGAGAAGAAGGAUUGCUUUGUGGUGGCAGCUCAGGUAGUGCCAUGUCUGUUGCCGUCAAGGCAGCCCAAGAGCUAAAAGAAGGCCAGCGUUGUGUUGUCAUCCUUCCCGACUCUGUCAGGAACUACAUGUCUAAGUUUUUAAGUGACAAAUGGAUGAUCCAAAGAGGAUUCAUGAAAGAAGAGGAUAAUGAUAUUAAGAAGCCUUGGUGGUGGCACGUGAAAGUUCAGGAAUUAUGCCUGUCUGCCCCUCUAACUGUACUGCCAAGUGUUACCUGUGAAAAGACUAUUGAAAUACUCAGAGAGAAGGGAUUUGACCAAGUACCAGUAGUGGAUGAAUCUGGACUGAUUCUGGGGAUGGUUACUCUUGGCAAUAUGCUCUCUUCGGUGCUUGCUGGUAAAGUACAGCCAUUGGAUAAAGUCAGCAAAGUAAUCUACAAGCAGUUCAAAACGAUUCAUUUGCAGGACAACUUAGGAAAGCUCUCUCAUAUUUUGGAAAUAGAUCAUUUUGCUCUGGUGGUACAUGAACAGAUUCAAUAUCACGGUGAUGGUGAAUCUAGUAAAAGGCAAAUGGUAUUUGGUGUUGUUACGGCAAUUGACUUGCUGAAUUUUGUGACUGCUCAGGAACAGAAGAGAAACGCAACCUAAGUUCAAGAAACAUGUCAACGGGGCUCGUUUCAUUGGGUUUUCACAUUAAAAAAAAGUCUCUCUCUUCUUCUUUUUUGCUUCUUUUGUUAGAACAAUCUAGAAAAAAACCCUUUUGGUCAAAAUGAAUACCAUCAGAGUCAUUAUAAACAACUGUUAGAUUUUAAAAUGUUGUAAUUUCUAGAAUGUAGUGAACACAUUGAAAUAUAAGGACACUGGGAAGUUUUAAGAUUAAUAAUUUCAGUAAAGAAUUGCUUUGUUUGCACAUAUUGUGAAGGCACUGCUGAGCUGGAGGACUAAGUCCUGAAUGAUCAAGCCACCACAACAGGAAGGCUAUGUGACAGCUUCCCAAAACCCAUUGCUGGUCCUGCUUCCACAUUAUGGGGUGGUCUAAAAACUCUUCCAUUUCUUACAUUAUGCUGUUUUGUAACCCAGAAUGGUAUUAGAUAUCUUAAUCUUUAAUCCUAUUAAAGAUGACCAGUGUCAAACCUACUGGCUGUCUUCUAGUGCACAGAAGAAAACACAACUAUUUCUUAACCCAAUCUUCAUAAAGGAUUUGUCUUCAUAUAUAUCCAGGGGUUUGAAUAUAUAAUUACAUGAGCAAUAGGGAAAGUGGUCUGAAAACAUCUUCUCUGCUCUUCUCUACUGUUUUAAGCUCCUUUUACAGAUGCUGGUUUGUUUAUCCAGAUGUCUCUGCUGAAUUCCAUAUUUCACCCAUUUUCCCAACCCUCAACACAAAACAUGACAAAACAUCCAUUAUCCCUCCUACUUGCAGAUUUCACUUAAUAUCAGUUCCUUAUUCUGGUCAAAUUAUGGGUGCAAGGGAAAGUAAGAAAUUGCUUUGCCAGUAAGUAAAAAACGAGGGAAAAAACUCUUUUAACUAGUUCAUGCAGUUUCCAUUCGUUUGUGUACAUUUUGUGUAAUCAAAGAGAAUUUUGUGUACUUGAAACACUAUUAGCUCAUAGCACCUCUGGCAGCAUCAGAAAACACUGUAUUUUCUCUACUGUUAAGUAUUCUAGCAUCUAAUGUUCUAUUUAUAUAUUGUUGGCUAGCCUGACUGCUAACAUAUUUGUUCUACAAAGACCAAAUCAAAAUAUUUAAUAUUAAAUCAAAAUAUGAUUCUAUCUGCACAUUGUUUUAACUGUCCAGCAUCACGUUGGCCAAGUAAUUGUUAUCUCUGUUUUGUUCAUGGGUAUGAUAUGUUAUUUAAAAUGAUACUUGUUUAGCUGGUCAUAAUAGUCUUAAUGGGGAAUAACUGCAAACAAACUUAGCUGUUUUCUGAUUCUUUUGGUAUUCUCCUUUGAUGUAGGAUUUUCUUUUCUUUUGUGGUUUACUUUAACUUCUACUGGAAGUUUUAAAGAAGUGUGCUAUUUAUACUGUACUUUUUCCAGUCACAACAGUACUUGUUUCAUGCCAGAAAAAAUCUUGACACAAUCAAGGACCAAGUUAUUAUACAAAAGCUUCUUGCAUGUGUAUGGAAUUCAGAUUAUGAUAUAAAACCACUAAAAGGCUCUGUAAUAUAAUAAAUGAGGAAUUACUAUUUGGCCUCAAAAAUAUUACUCCACAUUCAAUGUUCCAGUAAGCAUUUCUGGUUCUUUAGGACCAUGAAAGAGUCUUCUGUCUGUUUUUAAAGUUUGGAUUCUAUGUCAUGUUUAUUCCAAAUUUACUACAAAGAAUUAAAUAAAUGUCUUGAUAAGCUAAUAAAGCUGGAGUCUAA